AUGGCGGGUAGAAAGAGAAGGAAAGUCAAAUCGUUAGCUGAAGCCGUGACCAAUGACAGCAGAACACCGAGGUUCAAGAACAACAGUAAACAGAAUUCAGAUCUCCGGUCCUGGUCCGACCUUCCUAUUGAGCUGCUGGAAAUGAUAUUCUGUCGGUUGUCUCUUCAAGACAACAUCCGUGCUUCAGUUGCUUGCAAGGGAUGGCACACGGGUGCGGUCUCUGUCAGAGUGGUGAACCAACCUCCAUGGCUCAUGUACUUCCCGAAAUUUGGUAACUUGUAUGAGUUCUACGACCCAUCACAGCGCAAGACCUAUUCACUAGAGCUGUCAGAGCUUUGUGGGUCGAGAGUGUGUUAUACUAAAGACCGAUGGUUGUUGCUCUACAGACCUAGAACACAUCGUGUCUUCUUUUUCAACCCGUUUACUCGGGAGGUCGUCAAACUUCCAAGGUUUGAGUUGACGUUCCAGAUAGUCGCCUUCUCUGGUCCACCAACAACUUCAGGCUGCGUGGUAUUUACAGUGAAGCAUAUCAGUCCUACAGUUGUUGCUAUCAGCACUUGUCACCCCGGGGCAACCGAAUGGGUUACUGUUAAUUACCAGAAUCGGCUGCCUUUUGUUAGUAGUAUAUGGAAUAAGAUAGUUUUCUGUGAUGGAGUCUUUUACUGCUUGAGUCUUACGGGUUGGUUAGGUGUUUUCAACCCGACGGAACGUACUUGGAACGUUCUUGCUGUACCACCGCCUAAAUGUCCUGAGAACUUCUUUGCUAAGAACUGGUGGAAGGGGAAAUUCAUGACCGAGCAUGAUGGGGAUAUUUUGGUUAUUUAUACUUGUUGCAGUCAGAAUCCGAUUAUAUUUAGGUUGGAUCAAUCAAACAUGGUCUGGGAAGAGAUGAGUACUCUCAAUGGGUUGACAUUGUUUGCAAGUUUCUUGUCAUCUCAUUCUAGAAUUGACCUGCCGGGAAUUAUGAGGAACAGUGUCUAUUUCUCUAAGGUUCGCUUCUUUGGGAAAAGAUGCAUAUCCUAUUCUCUUGAUGAUCAUAGAUACUAUCCUCGGAAGCAGUGUUAUGAUUGGGGUGAACAAGAUCCUUUUGGGAAUAUUUGGAUUGACCCUCCUGAUGACCUCUCGAGUAUCCUCUGA